AGUGUAGAUACUUAUAUUUCCGCGACGGCGCUGAAGGCAGCGACAGGGGCUUUGUUGCCUGUGACUCCUCGCUCCGAAGGAAUAGCUGUCACAGAAGUAGAGAUGUUUUUCGUUUGGUCCUGGCGCGUGAAGAGCUGACAGUUCGUUGAGAGCAAAGCUUCAAGUUAGGACUAGAAGUGGUUCGCGAGGAGCGGCCAGAAAAUCAAAGCACAGACGUAUCCACUAAGAUGAGAUCUGCAGGCGAGUAGAAAAAUGAAAAUCAGAAAUCCGAACCAACUAGUAGCGGUAAGCAUUACCGAGCAGCGACAAGCAAGUUUUCAGGCACAGGCUGCAACUACACAUCAGCAAGCAAUAAAAACAAAAUUUCCAAGAAGAUGUCCGCCAUUGCGCAAGAACCACCCAGUUUCUCCUCGACGAUUGUCGACGAUCUUGAUGCUCUACUUCUUUCUUGGUUUGACAAGGAUGCGACCGCUCUGUUAUUCGGUCGCGCGUACCAGGAAUGGUUUCAAUGGCAGGAGUAUGCAAUACAAAAGUACGCUGAGCAGCAUCAUUGUGCUAGUUGUAUCAAUUGAUAUUGAAAUCAUUGGAACAAAUUGCUGCAGCAAUAGAAAAUACAUAUUAGCACCACUAAUUUGAUGUCUUCUAUCUUGCUGAAGAUUCAGGGAAGGAUUAUAUUUGCGUUCUUGCAUGAUAAUUUGAAUUGAUCGGCACCAGCACCGGCACCAAUGCGAUAUGAGUACUUUUGCACAGCAUAAGGAGUUCGUCGCACUCUACUUUGUUACCUUCUGCGUUCUUUACCACUACGUGCGUCAGUACGACAAGAACUUGGUUCUACGGGCACUGCAACAAGAAUUCAACGACGUCGACGGGGCGGCAGAGACGAGAGCAGCUGCAGCUGCACCGAAAACUACACCAGCAAAUAAAGGCAGUACAGCACACAAAAGCAUUCGCGAACAACAUGCGCGGCUCCUCACCCUGUCGCGAAGGAUUGCCAUCUGGAAGCAGUUGACCUAUAUGCUCGUCGGCUUGGCUAUCGGGGUGGCCGCCGUCUACUUGUGCGCGAAAGCGGCGACGGCGCAGUUGACUGGCUAUUUUGGUUUUCUGACGUCGUCCUCUUCCUCUGCAAACCAUGGAUUAGCAGAGAAGACAAGCACGGAACCACAGAUGAUCAUGGAGGAGUUGGACGACGAAGUGCUAGAACUGGAGCAGAGAAAAAUCCGAGCGGUGAUCGGGGGAAGGAUUUUAGUCGGUCUGGCAGGAACCGCGGUUGCGUUUUUCCUCGAUUACGCAGCGCAACAGAUUCUGCGGGCUGCGGUCCAACAGGAACAAGAACGGAAGCUGAAAGCAGCGGCAGGCAACAUGAGCAUGAAGGUCGAAUGACAGAGCAAAAAUGGAACGAAAUUUCGCUCGCGCUUAGCGUGAAGAUGCUCGUCUUGGCUGGCAGUGCUCGUUAAGUACCUCAAACGUAAAUCCACGAUGAAACAGUUGGCCCCUACUUCUUCGCUUUCUGGAAAAUGCUGAAGAUAAACGCAAAUCUUCAAAAUGCAGUUUUUCGCGAACAUCUUUUCUUGGCUACGGUUGGUGCACACGCCCUCCUGUUUGUGUUGUGUCUGUUCGCACAGGGGAAC